UGCUGUCCCGUUAUAAACAGUCUGCGAUCCUGAAACAUCACCCAGGGAUGAGACCUGAAAUGUUCACAAAAUUUACCUGCGGGAUUUGGAAGCUGAUUUUAAACAAAAUGUGGUGGAUUUUCAUCGUUUUUGUGGCAGGUGUCUUCCCUCCAUCAUGCUCAGGCCUUCAUGUGAUGGUGAGAGAUGAGAAGAGGUAUGCCAUUCUGUUCCAGUCAGUGGUUCUGCCUUGCCAGUACACGAGUGUUUCCACGCAGCCCGCCAUGGUGAAGUGGAUCUACAAGUCUUACUGCAGGGACCGCACGAGGGACUCAUUCAGCUUCACUGACAGCUUGAGCGGAGGCCUGGGUGGUGGCGGGCUGCAGAGUGGAAGCGGAGGGGUCAGGGGAGGCUACGAGACGGGUACGACUGUGAGCCACCUCGACUGCUCCGACAGCAGGAGGACUGUCAGGAACGUGGCCUCCAUCUCUGGGUCCUCGGUCACACUCUCAGAGUUUUACAAGAACAGAGACGUUACCAUCAUCAAUACGGCAGAUCUGCGUAUAGGAGAGGUCCAGUGGGGAGACAGUGGUGUAUAUUUCUGCCAAGUGACAAUAGCUGAUGACAUUGAAGGACAGAAUGAAGCUUCGGUGGAGCUGCUGGUUCUUGGUUUCUCAGGCGUGCCUGAAGAUCUCCUGCCUGACUUUGAUUUGAAGAUUAUGCCAGAGUGGGUGUUUGUGGUGGCUGUGGUGCUCGGCAGUGUUUUAUUCCUGCUGCUGGUCGGAGUUUGCUGGUGUCAGUGCUGUCCCCACUCCUGCUGCUGCUACGUCAGCUGCUGGUGCUGCCCUGACACGUGCUGCUGCCCCCGACAUUUGUAUGAGGCAGGUAAAAGCAUAAAGACUGGCGCCUCCACCCUUCAAACGCCAGCCUACCCUCCAUUCUUCGUGUCUGGACUGCCAGCCAUGGUUCCCAUCGCCCCACCAUCACUAGUGGACAAAGUGUCUUCUGUCCCUCCCUCAGAUGGCACCCUAGUUGCAGCAGUAACUCCGGUGCCCAUGCAUGCUGUAGGGGUUCCCUACCGUGUACCUUCACCACAGGAUCAAAACUCUCUCAGGGUGCUACAGUAUGUAGAGAAGCAGCUGGCUAACUUCAACCCUUCCGGGUCCAACAGCAAACAGUCCUGCAAUCAGUCGGAGCUGAGCUCCCUCCAUGAAGGAGACACCAACUUCCUCCAAACUUACAGGAAUGUCCAGAAGAAAGCUAUGCCUGCCAUCCCUGAUCAAGACUCUUGCCUGGAACCACACAGCUACCGUGAAGAACGCAGUCCUGAGCUGCAGCGGCACCGUAGGAACCCCUCAUCGCCUCAUCGUUACCGUCACAACCCUGACUCUGACCGCCACAACAGCCAGGAUGAGCCUCUGCUUCCACGACGAUACAGCGAUGACCCUCCAUCUUCCUCUCAGUCGCACAGGAUUGGUCGAAAUCACCGACAACAGAACUCUAUUGAUGAGGACAAACACAACAGGAACAGGUGGAAUCCUUGUUCGGAACAUCUGCAAAGAAAGACGUAUCGCUCUUUUGGACAGACUGGCUCACUGGAUGAGCUGGAGGAGUUUGCUGCUUCCUACAAGCAGAAAGGAUGCAGAGGAUCAGAAAGGAGAGAGGAAGAAAGGGUGGAGUAUGAGAUGGAGGUGCUGGAGUUCAGUGGAUAUCCCUCCCAUCGCCAGGGUCCUCCUCAGCAUUAUUAUAGCAAUGAGGAUGAGUUUGAUGACAACAGUGAACAUGAAGGAUAUGACAGACCAAGCAAUAAAAGCAGACACAACAUAAGCCCACUACCUUCUCCAAAAAAGAGGGGAAGCACACAGGAAAGGGAAAGGGCCGAGCCACGUCCCCCAAAAAUGGAUCCAAAAUCAAAUUCUUCUCAGGAUAGGGACUAUGAUGCCACUUUCCUGAACAGCCUGUUGGAGCGUAAGGAAAAGCUGCGAGGUGUUUCCCAGGGAAAAAGUCGGGCCCGGGGUGAGGAAGAUUUAGAUUCUCCCUCAAGGGCGAGCACAAAAAAAAACAGCUGGGAUUCUAGUCGGCACUAUAGUCGCUCUCCCAGUAACAGGCCUGAGGCAGACUCGCUGCCUGCAUCUGACUCAGAGAGAACCAGAACUGAAAGACCAUCUCCACGAUCACUCCCAGCAAACGCCCGCUCCUCUCCACCUGUUCAUUCCAUGCCUGCUCAUAGAGACGAGCAUGGAGACAAGUCCCGCAAAGUGAACACUCUUCUCAGCCGAGACUCUCUUAUCGUCUGACCGAUUUGAACCCAAAGACAGUGAAAGAAUCGAGCAGACUGAGAGUGCAACCUUGAAAACGCCACAGGAACCACACGUCAGCUUGAAGAUAAUGACGGAGAGGAUUACGUGUCUGGGUUUUUAAAUCUAUAUGGAAAGAACAGCUGCCAGGGAGAAACGUAAAGACAGCUGAAUCAGUAAAGCUAAAUGAUGACAGUAACACUGGGGCUUUCUGCCUGUGAUAUCACUGAGUGAUGAAGUCACUGGCUGCGUCAUGUAUAUCUUUGCUGGACUAACACUUAAACUAAUGUAUGGCGUGGACUGUUCCUCUCUGUGGGAUGCAGUUUGUCUUCUCUUUGUUCCGUUAGAAAAGCUCUGCAGCAGAUACUUGUUAACUCUUUCACUACAAUGAAAGCGUUCAUGACCAUCUAAUGAGAUAUGGGACUUAAAGAGUCCACUAGUAGAAUAGUUGAAAAUGACAACACUGUCAUUGUAAACAAGAAAAACACCACCCUGUCACUUCAUCUGAAAUCAAUGUGCAUGAUGUCAUUUAUUAACAACUAAGGCACUUAGGUUAGAGAGAGAUCUUUGUGAGAUACUUCAUUUUACAUAAAGCUGAAAAAUAUGAGCACAAUUUUAAAAGUUUUAUUAAUGAACACUGAAAUUAAUAAAUUCAUUUACUGCA